AUGGGAGGACUUGGGACAGAGUCCUUGGAUGUGAUACCUCUUCACUCCCUCUUUGCAGGUCUCCUUGUUAUGAGAGGUUUACCUUCGGGACUCAAGGAACCAGGCAAGUUCUCAGGUCAGCAUAAAGGAGGAGGCCCAGGCACUGCCAGAAGUCUAGAUAAGAAGGUAAUUGAUUUGGUGCAGCUUCUGAGCAUCAAGUAUGUAACAAAGCAGUCCAUUACAAAGGCAGAAAUGGUGAAGACAGCCAUGACCCAGUAUGGAGAUCACUUCCCUGAGAUCUUCCAGAAAACCUGUGAGUGCAUGGAAUUUGUCUUUGGCAUCUCUGUGAAGGAAGUUGAACCCUCAGGCCACACAUAUGUCCUUGUCAAAACGCUAGACCUCACCUACGAAGGAAUGCCGAGUAAUGUCCAGGGCAUGCCCAGUAUUGGCCUCCUGAUUAUUCUCCUGGUUUUGAUCUUCAUGGAGGGCAACCAUGUCCCUGAGGAGAAGAUGUGGGAUGUGCUGAAAAGAAUCAGGAUAUUUCCUGAGAGCCCAGAUUUCAUCUAUGGGGAACCCAAGAAGUUAAUCACCAGAGAAUUGGUGAAAGAAGGGUACCUGGAGUACCAGCGCAUACCCAACAGUGACCCCCCUCGCUAUGAAUUGCUGUGGGGUCCAAGAGCCUACAAAGAAACCAGCAAGAUGAAAGUUCUGAAGUUUUUUGCCAAGGUUAAUGGGAGUGACGCCAGGUCCUUCCCAACCUUGUAUGAAGAGGCCUUGAGAGAUGAGGAAGAAAAGACCUAA